UUUGAUACCAAAUUCAUUGAUAUCUACCACUGCGCAUAGAAUGAGAUAAAAUUUUCCUCGUACCUAUGAAUAUUAAUAAUUAAAAAAAAAUCUAUCUUCUUUCGAGUGGGUUAUUGCUAAGUUGAUCGAUGAAAGAUAUGGGUUGAUCUUCUUUUUCUUUGAUUCAGUGGCAGAUUCUCUCAAAGGUGCAUUAGUUCAUAAAAGAAAUGCAUCACCAAAGCAAGAUGCUCAAACAGUCUAAUGAAGAACAAGAUUUAAGUGAUAUGAAGGUUAGAAAUUGUGAUACAGCAAAAAGAAGAGUUCAAAGCUUAAGGAUCAUUGAUGAGGAAGCAGCUGGGAUUGCAUCAAUCCAAUUAGGAGAUUUGAGUAGUAGUUGGUGCUCACUGGAUUCUUUUAAACCAGUUUGUGUUGAGGCAGCUAAUAAAUACUUCUUAGUUCAUAAAGUAACUCUGUCCUCACCUUCCCCUGCACUCUGCUUUGUGGAGACAGUGCCUCAAGAUGGACAAAAUUCUCAUAUUACAGCUUUUAAUUCAGGAGAUGGAUCCUCAAAGUCAGAUAAUGAGUCAGCUUCAUCUAAGACCAUGCGGGAUGUACAUAUAUCAACACGGUUAAUGGAGGACUUUCUUGAUCUUGCUAAAGAAAAUUCAGAAAAGGAUCUUGAAACGUGUGGUAUACUUGGUGCUUUUCUUGAGAAGGGAACCCUCUAUAUGACUACUCUGAUUAUACCCAAGCAGGAAUCGACUUCCAAUUCUGUUAGUAUACGGUGUCAAGCUACAAAUGAGGAGGAAGUUUUCACAAUUCUAAAUGAAAGAUCCCUUUAUCCUGUGGGAUGGAUCCAUACACAUCCUUCUCAAAGUUGUUUCAUGUCAUCGGUGGAUCUGCACACUCAAUAUUCCUACCAGGUGAUGAUUCCUGAGGCAUUUGCCAUUGUCUUGGCACCAAAUGAUACCUCAAGGAGCUGUGGACUAUUUCGCCUAACUGACCCUGAUGGAAUGAAUAUUCUAAAAAAUUGCCAAGAGCAGGGAUUUCAUCCACACAACGAACCAGAUAAUGGCAACCCCGUUUAUGAGCACUGCUCCAAUGUGUACAAAAACUCCAAUCUAAGGUUUGAAAUCUUUGAUUUACGCUAAAAUGACUUUGAUUACAGCACACUCUAUCCUAUGGCAGAAAUGGAGUAUAAUUACAAGGGACAUACAUGUCCUAUUUACACCUGAAAGAAUAAUGCUGAUAUAUAUUUGUUGUAAUGUUCGGUUUAAUAAGGAUUUCAUUGCUUUCUAGCUCUUCUUGCCUCAGAAUUUAAUCAUGAA